CAGUAGUGACGAGGAUGAUGAAGACAUUGAAAUGUGUGACCAUGACUAUGAUGGGCUGCUUCCCAAGUCUGGAAAGCGUCACUUAGGGAAAACUAGGUGGACCAGGGAAGAGGAUGAAAAACUCAAGAAGCUGGUGGAACAGAAUGGAACAGAUGACUGGAAAGUCAUUGCCAAUUAUCUCCCGAAUCGGACAGAUGUGCAGUGCCAACACCGAUGGCAGAAAGUGCUAAACCCUGAGCUCAUCAAGGGUCCUUGGACCAAAGAAGAAGAUCAGAGAGUGAUAGAACUUGUACAGAAAUACGGUCCGAAACGUUGGUCUGUUAUUGCCAAGCACUUAAAAGGGAGAAUUGGAAAACAAUGUAGGGAGAGGUGGCAUAACCACUUGAAUCCAGAAGUUAAGAAAACCUCCUGGACAGAAGAGGAAGACAGAAUUAUUUACCAGGCACACAAGAGACUGGGGAACAGAUGGGCAGAAAUCGCAAAGCUACUGCCUGGACGAACUGAUAAUGCUAUCAAGAACCACUGGAAUUCUACAAUGCGUAGGAAGGUGGAACAGGAAGGUUAUCUGCAGGAGUCUUCUAAAGCCAGCCAGCCAACAGUGGCCACAGGCUUCCAGAAAAACAAUCACUUGAUGAGUUUUGCUCAUGCCCCACCUUCAUCUCAACUCCCUCCAACUGGCCAGCCCUCAGUCAGCAAUGACUAUUCCUAUUACCAAAUUUCCGAAGCACAAAACGUCUCCAGUCAUGUUCCAUAUCCUGUAGCUUUACAUGUAAAUAUAGUUAAUGUUCCUCAGCCAGCUGCUGCAGCCAUUCAGAGACACUAUAACGAUGAAGACCCUGAGAAAGAAAAACGAAUAAAGGAAUUAGAGUUGCUCCUAAUGUCAACUGAGAAUGAGCUCAAAGGACAGCAGGCAUUACCGACACAGAACCACACAUGCAGCUACCCAGGGUGGCACAGCACCUCCAUUGUCGACCACACCAGACCUCAUGGAGACAGUGCACCUGUUUCCUGUUUGGGGGAACACCACUCCACUCCAUCUCUGCCAGUGGAUCCCAGCUCCCUACCUGAAGAAAGUGCCUCGCCAGCAAGGUGCAUGAUCGUCCACCAGGGUACCAUUCUGGAUAAUGUUAAGAACCUCUUAGAAGUUGCAGAAACACUCCAAUUUAUAGAUUCUUUCUUAAACACUUCCAGUAACCAUGAAAGCUUAGACUUGGAAACACCUUCUUUAACUUCCACCCCUCUCAAUGGUUACAAAUUGACUGUUACAACACCGUUUCAUAGAGACCAGACUGUGAAAACUCAAAAGGAAAACACCAUGUUUAGAACUCCAGCUAUCAAAAGGUCAAUCCUAGAAAGCUCGCCAAGAACACCCACACCUUUCAAACAUGCACUUGCAGCUCAAGAAAUUAAAUAUGGUCCCCUGAAGAUGCUACCUCAGACGCCGUCUCAUCUAGUAGAAGAUCUACAGGAUGUGAUCAAACAAGAGUCAGAUGAAUCUGGCAUUGUUGCUGAGUUUCAAGAGAAUGGCCCACCUUUACUGAAGAAAAUCAAACAGGAGGUAGAAUCUCCAACUGAUAAAGCGGGAAACUUCUUCUGCUCAAGCCACUGGGAAGGGGACAGUCUGAAUGCUCAACUGUUCACACAGGCAUCACCUGUGGCAGAGGCACCACCAAAUAUUCUUACAAGCUCUGUUUUAAUGACACCAGUAUCAGAAGAUGAAGACAAUGUUCUCAAAGCAUUUACAGCACCUAAAAACAGGUCCCUGGUGAGUCCCUUGCAGCCUUGUAGCAGCGCCUGGGAACCCACAUCCUGUGGAAAGAUGGAGGAUCAGAUGACGGCUUCCGGUCAGGCUCGCAAAUAUGUGAACGCGUUCUCAGCCCGGACUCUGGUUAUGUGAGACGUUUCCAGAAAAGCAUUAUGAUUUUCAGAACACUUCAAGUUGACUUGGGAUAUGUCAUUCCUCGACAUGAAACUUUUCAUGAUUGGGUGAAGAAUCUAUUUUUGUUGUGGUACAACAGUUGAGAGCAGCACCAAGUGCAUAAGCGCAUUUAGUUGGAUGAAAUCUUAUUAGAUUUCACUCAACUAAAAGGAUUUUUUUUUAAUAAAUAAAUAACGGUCUUACCUAAAUUAUUAGGUAAUGAAUUGUAACCAGUUGUUAUUAUCUUGUGCAGAUUUUUUUUAAAAAAGCAUAAAAUGAUUUAUCUGUAUUUUAGAGGAUCCAACAGAUCAGUAUUUUUGCCUAUGAUGAGUUUUUUGAAAUUUUACACAAGAGGUACUCCAGUAUUUCUCUUUUCUCAAUCACUAAACAUAUGAAUAGAUUUUUUUUAAAUCAGUAAAAGCAUUACUAUAAAUGUUGAAAAAUAUCACGAGACAAUAGAGAUUGUUAAUGCUCAUUUAUGGUUCAUAACAUUGGAGGUACAUUAAUUGUACUAAACCAUUUUGAGUUUUUUUAGCUUGCUUUAAAAAUUAUUACUGUAUGAAAUAGUUUUAUAAAAAAUUAUAUUUUUAUUCAGUAAUUUAAUUUUGUAAAUGCCAAAUGAAAAAUGUGUUUUGCUGCUAUGGUCUUAGCCUGUAGACAUGCUGCUAGUGUCAGAGGAGCAGUAGAGCUUGGUUGAAAAGAAAAAAAAAAAAACUUGGUGUUAGGUAAUUGACUAUGCACUAGUAUUUCAGACCUGUUUUAUUUUUUUAUAUGUAUACAUUUUUUUUCCUUUUGUAAUACAUUGGAAAACUUGUUUGGGAGAUUUUGCAUUUGUUGUUGUUGUUGUUGUGUGUGUGUGUGGUUUUUUUUUUUUUUUUUUUUUUUGUAAUUGUUGGUUUAAAAAAGCAUGCAUUGCACUUCUUUUUUUGGGAGAUCUGUGUUGUCAAUGUCCUAUGUUUUGUUUUGAUUUCAACCCCUGACUGUUCUUUAAUUCAGGGAUUCUGAGUUCCAUCAACAUCCCCCAGGGUUUCUAAGUGUAUGGUUUCGGAACUGCCUCACAGAUACUACGUUUGCAGCUGGGGGAGACGAAGACUGAGGUCAAUAGUCAGUUUCUGCCUUAAGAACAUUCAGUGCAAGAUGGCCAGCACUGAACUUUUGAUAUGACAGUGUACUUACUGCCUUGUAGCAAAAUAAAGCUGUGCCCUUAUUUUACUUA